AUGCUCGGGUUUACUUGCAUGCACCGACGCAUUGCCAGUACGGAGUACACACCGUACUUGUACAUGCACACUUGCACGCAAAUACUGUACGAAUACACUUGCACCUACGGUGUAGUCACUCACGCCUACAGCAAUGCAGUGGACGGAGUACACAUCAUCCACCACAUCAUCCACCACAUCAUCCACCACAUCAUCCACCGCAUCAUCCACCGCAUCAUCCACCACAUCAUCCACCACCACCACAUCAUCAUCAUCUUCAUCAUCAUCAUCAUCACCACCACCAUCAUCAUCGACCCUCCGUGCAUCCAUUCACGUGCACAUUUGUGGAUGGCCGUGUGGGCGGACGAGACGCCCAUCCAUCAGCAAGCAACGACGGCUCCGCGCCUGCAUGGGUGCGUGCAUGGGUGCAGGGUCGGGCUGGGCCACCGGACGAGCACAUACGGCGACGAGGUGCUGACCGUGUUUCGUCCCAGCACGUUGAAGACGGAAACGAAAAAACGAAACGAUGAGACGGACGGCCGCCAGCGAAGUGGGUGCCGCCAGCGGAUCGCCGGUCAGGACGAGCGUAGCAUGGAGCGCUAG